AUGGAGAGAUUCCUAACUACACAAAUUAUCAUCAAACAGAGUGGAACAGACAAAUAUUUCAUUACCAACCAGUCAGACCUUCUCUCUGCUGAAAUAAUCCGGUGAGAAUCCUUCCAAAAGGCAGCACUUCGCCUAGCUGAAGAGGUAGGAUUUAAGGAUGCGCAAUUAGAAGGGUUCCUCAAGCUUGACUUCAACGGAAGGAAUCCCCACUGGAGUGCUAUAUUCUUGCUCCAAACAGAGUCUCAAGAAGAAUGUAAAUUUAUGCUCAGAACCGAGGAAAUUCAUGGGGAGUUCCUCACUUUAGAGGAGUUUACUCAUAAAGCAGCAGCUGAAGAGGCCUCUCUAGAGGACAACUCCCAGUAUAAAUGGGUAAAAUAUUUGGACGAGGGUGGCCGUGUUUACCCUCUGGAUAUAAUCCCUCACAAAGAUGUUAGACUACGCAAGAAGAGAAAGAAGCAUUAAACUUCAAUUCCACAAAUACUGUA